GCGAGCCAGCGGCCAGGGCGAGCGCUUGCUGGCAACACGAUGCGGUCCCUGCUGCUGUUCACUUUCUCGGCGUGCGUGCUGCUGGCCCGGGCGCUGCUGGCUGGCGGCAGGAGCAGUGGCGCCGGGGACACCGGGCCAGGCAGCAGGCGCCGGGCGAGAGAGGCACUGGCGGCUCAAAAGAUCGAGGUGCUUGUUCUAUUGCCCCGGGACGAUUCGUACUUGUUCUCGCUGGCCCGGGUGAGGCCGGCCAUCGAGUACGCGCUGCGUAGCGUGGAGGGCAAUGGCACCGGGAGGAAGCUGCUGCCGCCGGGCACUCGCUUCCAGGUAGCCUACGAAGACUCGGACUGCGGCAACCGCGCGCUCUUCAGUCUGGUGGACCGCGUGGCGGCUGCGCGUGGCGCCAAGCCGGAUCUCAUCUUGGGGCCCGUGUGCGAGUACGCGGCGGCGCCGGUGGCCCGGCUGGCGUCUCACUGGGACCUGCCGAUGCUGUCCGCAGGAGCGCUGGCCGCCGGUUUCCAGCAGAAGGACACGGAAUACUCGCACCUCACGCGCGUGGCGCCUGCCUACGCCAAGAUGGGAGAGAUGAUGCUCGCUCUGUUCCGCCACCACCACUGGAGCCGCGCAGCCCUGGUCUACAGCGACGACAAACUCGAGAGGAACUGCUAUUUCACCCUCGAGGGGGUCCACGAGGUUUUUCAGGAGGAGGGUUUGCAUACGUCUGCCUACAGUUUCGACGAGACCAAAGACUUGGACCUGGACGACAUAGUGCGCUACAUCCAAGGCAGCGAGCGAGUGGUGAUCAUGUGUGCCAGUGGUGACACCAUUCGGAGAAUCAUGUUGGCGGUUCACAGACACGGAAUGACCAGUGGAGACUAUGCUUUCUUCAACAUUGAACUCUUCAACAGUUCUUCCUACGGAGAUGGCUCGUGGAAGAGAGGAGACAAACACGACUUUGAAGCUAAGCAAGCAUACUCAUCCCUCCAGACAGUCACCCUACUGAGGACCGUGAAACCUGAGUUUGAGAAGUUUUCCAUGGAGGUGAAAAGUUCUGUUGAGAAACAAGGGCUCAAUGAGGAGGAUUACGUGAACAUGUUUGUUGAAGGGUUCCAUGACGCCAUCCUCCUCUACGUUCUGGCUUUACAUGAAGUGCUCAGAGCUGGCUACAGCAAGAAGGAUGGGGGGAAAAUCAUCCAGCAGACUUGGAACAGGACAUUUGAAGGCAUCGCCGGGCAGGUGUCCAUAGACGCCAACGGGGACCGGUACGGGGACUUCUCCGUGGUUGCCAUGACGGACACCGAAGCAGGUACCCAAGAGGUCAUUGGUGAUUACUUUGGAAAAGAAGGCCGGUUCAAAAUGCGAUCGAAUGUCAAAUAUCCUUGGGGCCCUUUGAAAUUGAGAAUAGAUGAGAGCAGAAUCGUGGAGCAUACCAACAGCUCUCCUUGCAAAUCAUCAGGUGGCCUAGAAGAAUCUGCAGUGACAGGAAUCGUUGUGGGGGCCCUGCUAGGUGCUGGUUUGCUAAUGGCCUUCUACUUUUUCAGGAAGAAAUACAGAAUAACCAUUGAGAGGCGGAAUCAGCAAGAGGAAAGCAACAUCGGGAAACAUCGGGAGUUACGGGAAGAUUCCAUCAGAUCACAUUUCUCGGUGGCUUAAAAGAGAUGCCCCUCUCGCGCGUUGUCUACUUGAGAUUCCUUAAAGAGAUAGAUGGAAGGACAGACAUCAAUGGAACAGAAAGGGCGUUCUCGGAGAAGUCAUUCUUUUAAGCAGUAGUCAUUUCAUUUUAAAUUUUCUUUAGAAGCUCAGGAAUGAUUAUUAAUCACUAUCUGCCUUCUGGCCUUUCAUCUCAUGGCAAACUAAUAUAAUGAAAUAACGUAAUCCUGUUAAGUGCUCUGGCUGCUGGAGGGGCGUCAGAGUAGAUUUAUGUCUUGAAAGUCUGCUGCCUCCAUAUCUUGAUUGCUUUGGGGGCAUUUCACACGAGGAUAUAAAAAUGUGGUUUUUCUGAAAUGAAAUGUUUUGUAGCUAGAAUAAAACAAUUUUUACAAGUAGAAUAUUCUUGGAAAGAAUUUAACACCCAAUAAGAGGACAAUGGAAUGAAAGAAAUCUUAAGGCUGGGAAUGCAGUGCCCCCCCCCCUCUGGAACUGGGGGACAGGUUUGUGGUUGAUGAAGGCUGCGUCCAACGUCCACAUUCAGGUCUGACUUCAUAUCUCAAGAAUGGAUACUCCCUGUCUCUUUCAGUGUCUCAUCAAAGCUACUCUGGAAAACUGUAAAUAUUAUUGAGCAAGGAGGAUUUAUAUAAGAAAAUUGAGUCUAAAAUGUUUCUUUUAUGAUGUAAAAAAAAAGCCCUACUUCACACUAACAUUUUAUUUUUAAGUAUUUUAAUCUUAUAUUUUGGUAUUAGAAAUGUGUCUAUUUUUUCAUUUUGAAGAUUAAAUUUCACUUUUAUUUUAAGAGCAUGGAGGAGAUGUGUGACAAAUCUGUGGAGAGGGAGGAAUGGUUCUCUUUUUCUCUGCUGUCCUUUGUCCCUUGGCUGUCUCUAAUGCUAACUGCUAGUGUGGCUGAAGAUGUACAGAAGUCUGUUCAGCUUACAAACUCCGAAGGAAUACAUUGAUGUUAAGCCAUUGUUCAUUUUCAAAUGUUUUAGAUGUAUGUUAUUGGAGGGCUACAUCCUUUCUAACUGUGGUCACAUGAUGCCCUUCAAAACCAGUAGGCUUAAGUAGAGUCUAUAAAGAAAUAUAACUCCUUUCCCUCAAGAAUAAGCAGACAGUGAGAAUCUGACAGCAUGACACAGUGUUGAUACAUUUAAAAAGACUGCACACAAUUUAUCAAAACUUGAGGUGAUGAUUUUAAUUAAAAAAGGGAACGUUGAUAUCUGCUGUGUCCCUUUAACCUCAUAGAGUUUUGCAGCCACCCCAAAUGAUGCAUAGCUUGGACAGUGAGCUAGGAUAGUCAAGGGCAGUGUGGGCAAGACUGAGCCAGCCUUUACUGGGUAUCCUCUUUGUACUCAAUUCUGCGCACAGAGGUUUCAGUUCAGGUUCUGACUUUAUCAUUUGAGGAGAGAACAAGGGUGCCAUCUUGUAAUUUUGCCUUUCUUGGUAACAUUCUGAGCACCAGAAACCCAGUUUAAAGUGUGUGUGUGUGGGAAAUUAAAUAAUUUCUUGGAGGUCAUAUCCAUUCAGGUUAAGUGUGGAGGAAUCGGAGCAAGCUUAGCAAGCUCUGGAAGCUGGCUUCCCAGGGAAGGAGUGGAUCACACCUCAUUCUCUCAGUGGAGUCAAAGUGAAUGGGCUGCAUCUGUGUGGGGUGAACCUUCUUUAAUGCUCAGGAAAUGGGAUGCAAGCCACAGGAUAAAAUGAAUUAGCUCUUGAACAACGGAAGGAGGUAUGUUGUGGUUCUGCCUGUAGGAUACUGAGGGAAAAGUGCUGACUUAAAAAAAAAAAAAAGUAGGCCAGAAAGGCAAACUUCAAAAUGCUAAUCCAGGGGAGGCGAGUUUGUGGAACACAACUCAGGAAGGCAGCAGCUGAUGGUCAGGGACUCACAUAAUGAAGACAGAUGGGCAGACUGCAACCACCCCAGUUCUCAGAGCCGGAGGACUGCUUGUUUCUCUCUUACAUUUUCAAGGAUGUUUUCUCUGUGUUUCAGAGAUACUCAUUUUUUAAUGGUUUUUUUGUUGUUGUUGUUGUUUUUUUUUUUUUUUUUUUGAACCUGUGUGUUAAUUGCAGGAGGGUGUCAGUGGGAAAAGUUCACUACCUGGCUAUAUUCUUUGGGUGUAAAUAUGCCUAAUCCUUUCUUGAAUUUGCAUAGUUCCCCUUGAAUGUCAGCAAAGUUACAACAGUAUUUUUUAUUUCUGCUCCAGCGAGAGGAAUUGUUCCAAGAUUAAUAGCGUAUCCCCAGAUUAGAUGUUAAAGAUGAGAAGGGAACUAGCCUUUAAAAAAUAAACAGGCAGGGUGAAUUGUGAGGUCCCUGGAGUCAUUUCCUACAAUUUUAAAGCAAUUCUAGUAUUAUUAAGGUUGAUUGCUCAUUUACAUGCCUGCUGUAUAGCUUGUCUUUCUUGAAUGUCUUUACGUGGCUAGGCAAGGUGGCCCAUGUCUUCAAUCCCAGCACUUGGGGGGGGGGGGCAGAAGCAGGAGGAUAUCUGUGAGUUUAGGGCCAGG